AUGUUCUUUUGUAGUGCCCUCUCCUUGUGCUCUCUAGCGACGGUCUCUUUGCCUCGCACUCUCCUUUUGCUCUCCAACAACAAUCUCUUUGCCUCGCACUCUCCUUUUGCUCUCCAGCAACGGUCUCUUUGCUCUGCAGACUCUCCUUUUGCCUUCGCACUCUCCUUUUGCUCUCCAGCAACGGUCUCUUUGCCUCGCACUCUCCUUGUGCUCUCCAACAACGGUCUCUUUGCCUCACACUCUCCUUUUGCUCUCCAACAACGGUCUCUUUGCCUCACACUCUCCUUUUGCUCUCCAGCAACGGUCUCUUUGCCUCGCACUCUCCUUUUGCUCUCCAGCAACGGUCUCUUUGCCUCGCACUCUCCUUUUGCUCUCCAACAACAGUCUCUUUGCCUCACACUCUCCUUUUGCUCUCCAACAACAGUCUCUUUGCCUCACACUCUCCUUUUGCUCUCCAACAACAGUCUCUUUGCCUCGCACUCUCCUUUUGCUCUCCAACAACAGUCUCUUUGCCUCGCACUCUCCUUUUGCUCUCCAACAACAGUCUCUUUGCCUCGCACUCUCCUUUUGCUCUCCAGCAACGGUCUCUUUGCCUCGCACUCUCCUUUUGCUCUCCAACAACAGUCUCUUUGCCUUGACUCUCAAUUUUUGCUCUCCAGCAACGGUCUCUUUGCUCCUAAAACUCUCCUUUAUCUCCAACAACGCUCUCUUUGCCUCGACUCUUCCUUUUGCUCUCCAACAACAGUCUCUUUGCCUUCCUUCACUUGUAUCUCCUUGUCUCUUUCCAGACAACGGUGUGCUUUCCCAAAAAGGUCUUUGCUUCGCCUUGUGCUCUCCAGCAACGGUCUCUUUGCCUCGCACUCUCCUUGUGCUCUCCAGCAACGGUCUCUUUGCCUCGCACUCUCCUUGUGCUCUCCAGCAACGGUCUCUUUGCCUCACGCUCUCCAGCAACAGUCUCUUUGCCUCACACUCUCUGUUAUAGUGGAACACACCUAUUCUAUAGUUAAUAGACUCUCCCACCUAUAA